UCCUGGUAGCGCACUCAGCUCGUCUCUUGAGAUUCGUCAGACAGUCUGUACAUCUCACCAUCAGUUUUUGAUGACGCUAGCAGGUGGCAGCGGCCGCCAUCGCCUCGAAGGAGAUGACAAGAUCGAGGUGGGCAUCAUCGGAAUUGGAGACAUGGGCAGACUAUAUGCUGCAAAGAUCAACGCAGCCGGUUGGAUAGUCAAUGUUUGUGAUAGACCGGAAAAGUACGAAUCGCUGCAGGAGGAAUACAAAGGCACGAGCAUCAAUGUAUACAAAGAUGGUCAUCUGGUCUCACGGCGGAGCGACCUGAUCAUUUACUCGGUCGAGGCUGCUCUCAUCUACAAUGUCGUGGCCCAAUACGGGCCCUCGACAAAGAUGGGAGCCAUCGUCUCUGGGCAAACGUCUGUCAAGGCACCAGAGCAAAGAGCUUUUGAAGCUCAUCUGCCUGCAGACUCGUACAUCAUCUCAUGUCACUCCCUUCACGGACCCAAGGUCGACCCUACCGGCCAGCCUCUAGUGCUUAUCCAGCAUCGAGCGCCAGACGAGAAGAUGAGGUUGAUGGAAAGAAUCAUGGCUGCUUUUGGGUCACGCAUCGUCCUCCUCAGCUACCAAGAGCACGAUGUCGUCACUGCCAAUACUCAAGCCGUGACUCAUGCAGCUUUUCUCGCCAUGGGAGCUGCAUGGCGGUGUAGCGGUGAUUACCCGUGGGAGACCGAUAGGUGGGCUGGACCCAUCGAGACGGUCAAGAUCAACAUCAUGAUCCGCAUCCUCUCUGCAAAGUGGCAUGUCUACGCCGGGCUUGCCAUUCUCAACCCCUCGGCGCGGAUACAGGUGACGCAAUACGCCAAGAGUGUCAGCGAUCUCUUCAAGUUGAUGAUCGCGGACAGGCACGAUGAGAUGCUGCGGAGGGUGUUCGAGGCGAGGCGCAAGGUCUUUGGCUGGCAGGACGAUGAGCAACCUGCCGCUGCUGGAGAGGGUAAAGAUGCCAACACAUCAGCUACUACUGGCACAACCACGUCAUCCUCCACACGGCAGCAGAGACCGAUCUUGAUGAGCGACGCAAUGCUAGCACAGUUCCAUCAGGCCGCCCGCAAGGUAGCCCCUCCUCCACCUACCGAUGGCAGCAGCACAGAUCAGCCAGCAGCGGGCACGACUGAGCAGCAGACCACAGACUCAUCCUCACCACCUGUCCGUCCUCCCAACUCGCACCUCUCCCUCCUGGCAAUAGUCGACUGCUGGCACCACUUAGGAAUCGAUCCCUACGCGCACCUAGAGCUAGCAGCCACGCCCAUCUUCCGCAUCUGGAUCGGCGUAUGCGAGUACCUUUUUCGCUCUCCAGCCCGUCUACGAGCCUCGAUCCGCGCAGCCGUCGAAGAUCCUACUUUCCGUGGGGACGAUACCGAGUUCGUUGUUGCGGCUAGAGGAUGGGCAGAGGCGGUCAAUGCGGGCAACUUUGAACACUACGAAUGGCGAUUCAAAGACACGGCGCGCUUCUUUGAGCCACGAUUCGAAGAGGCGAACAAGGUCGGUGCGGAGAUGCUGAAGGUGGUUAUGAGCUCGCGAUGAGGGGCGUGGAGUAGUGAAGUUGAAACAGUGGACUGAAAGGCAAGGCGAAGGGCAGUCACGGAGGAGGAAAGGGGGGAAUGUGGUGUAUCUUCGCGUCGAGAUGUCAAUGUCACAGCAUCGUGCAAGAAAUCGUUCGAUUCAGGCCC